AUAGUGACUUAAAAAGCAUGGCUAGUAACGAUAGAGGACUCGCGAGGCCGACAAGUCGCCUUAUGAACAAGAAGGCACGUUCAGAGAUUGCUAGAGGUUACAAAGAAGUCAAAGAUUCCAGCAGAAUCUCCAUCAUAGACAGGAUCUAUGCAGAAGUAUUAGGCAAAGGUAUAAUUGAUGAGAAGAAAACAGCCACUGCAUUUGAAUCUAAAGACCUGAUCGAUCUUGUCACUGAAGGGAUAAACUGAUUAUAAAAUCAAAACAAUAUCAGAAGAAGAAGGGAUUUGAGAUCCUUGGAAAGCUAGUUGACACCCCUCUUAUGCCUACUGAGGAGGAGGCGGAGUUAGAAUCGUCUAGCUCAACUGACACAAUAGAGAAGGCUCGCUCAAAGUCAUCAAUGACGAAUAAAUUUAAAACAAACCAGACGAUCAGCUUCAACGAGUACAAGAAGACAAACUUAAAGCUAAGCCCGCUUGAAAUAAAAACUAAAUAAGAAGGUAGCUACCUACUUAAAGGAGUUUCACAUUGCUUAUGAAAAUGCUACUAAGCAGCAGCCCAAGAUUCCUACACAGAAGGAGUCAGCAUUUAUCUCUACUAAUUCGCAAAGAAACAAGCCACAGGCAGUAAGUGAGCUUGAAGAGAUAAUCAGGGAUGCAGUCAAGUUGAAGAGAUCUAAGUUGAAUAAGGUUAAACCAAUAAAGACUACCCCUAGGGUUGUUCCUCAGCCUCAUACUGAGUACCAAAAUACUGAGAGGACAGUGGAUUUAAACAUGAAUCCUAGCUCUUAUACAUUAAAGAUUUCGUCAUCAAGAGUUAGGUUCAGCAACCAAUCUUCAUCAAAUUCUAUUGGCAGAAGGAAGGAGAAAGGACAAGCCAAGCUUCCUAAGUUUAUCCCUCUGAGUAAAAGAAAACUAGAGCAGUUCUCUUCCUUACUGAAGAACAAGAAAAGGAAGCUCCAGAAGGAUAGGUCUAGGAGCAAACAUUUGAUAAACCUCACGAAUGAAGAUACUUCAGGCAGCAGGAUAAAUCUUUCAAAGAUCUCUAAGCUUUCCAAGACCCCUAAACCACAGAUGAAGGACUUCCAGACUAUCAGGAACAGGCAAGAGGAGUUGUUGAGAGAAAUCCGAAAUAUUUCUAUCUGAGAUUAGGCAGCUCUGCGCGUUACUCCAACAGGCCUUCCCAGAAGUAUCAGAAGUUCCUGUCAUCUCAGCGAGAGAAGAAUGCACAUUUCGACGACACUUUCAACAUGGUUGACAACCUGAAAUCAACCAAAACGGAUAUCUUAAUUCCAGUCUAUAAAUACAUACGGAUGGUUCAGAGUCAGACCAAGCAAGAGAUGACUGACGUCGCGAAGGAAUACCACCAUGAUAAAUUCAAGAACGGCAACCUCAACAGGAUGAUAUACCGUGAAAGAAGGUACAACCAGCUAUUACAC